UCUAAUGAUCCCGCUUUGAAGUGCAAAGCUCGUUCACAUGCUGUAGGGCACGGCCUUCGCAAUAAAAGGAAACUGCAGCAAAAUUCGAGCCAAAACUUUCGAAUCUUCCAUUUGGGAACUGAUGAUGGUCAAGGUCCUCUCGAAAUACCAGUACUCUCUUCAUCAGAUUCGUUAGGCCCGUCAGAUCCAUUCCGAAUGCUGGCUUUGGAAUCACCAAAGCUACAAGCCUUGUUAAGUCGACAGAGCUCUCGGCAACCCAUGGAGCCAGUCUUCAGUGUUUUUGAUGAGCUUGUACUCCCAAACUUUCGCCAAAUUAUUCGAAAUGAAAUCGACGACCACGCUCUCCUGAACGCCAUUAUGCUUACGUUUUCAUUGCGCACGACAUCGGGCCGUAUCAACAGUGAAUUUCUUGCGUAUCAAAACGAGGUUUUGAGAUCCAUUCGUCAAAGGAUGGACUCCCCUGAAAGUACCAUUUCAGAGUCUACUUUAGGGACUAUUGUGCUACUUGCUGGUGUAGAGGCUCAGCUUGGACUGCCUAGCCAUGUACAGCUCCACAUGGGCGCAGUUCACCAAAUUUUGAAUUUAUGUCGGAAGAAAGGCAUCUACUUAAGCGAUAGCAUCAAGCGCGCCAUCUUCUGGUCAGAUUUGAAUGCCUCGGUGAUGACAGGAUCUUGCCGGGUAGUUGAUCACACGACCUUUUCCGAACUUCAGUGGAAAAGAGACCCUUUCACACCGAAUUUCUUCAUUUUACCGCCCGGGUUCCAGACCUAUUCCCAGUAUCUGGGGCGGAGCUUUUGUGAGGUGCUUAAGGAUGUCUUUGCAUUGCAAUGUAUUCGGGAAUCAGGUGUUCCUGGUAGGGAAGACGCAAUCUCAAUGGCACACAUUGAUAACCACCACGCAUCCAUCCAGUCAAGGCUGUUAAGCCUACCGGGCCACUCAUGCAUAUCGAAAUGCUGCCAUGUAGCAGCUUAUUUAUGCUCGACUAUGCUGCGCUGCAAACUCUGGCGGACUUCGACCAUUCCCUCCCACCUGUCACUACAACUACUUUGUGAGCUACAGCAAGCAACAAAAGCUUCUGUAUUCGAUGCUUCGCCAGAUUUGUUGACCUGGCUCUUGCACAUUGGUGGGGCUUUUGCCCCCGCAGGAGCCAUACGAUCAGGCUACAUACAAAUCUUGCAUGCGAAAUCCAGAAAAGGGCUGUAUAUAUCAUGGCCAGAGCUCCUUGGAAUUCUCAAGCAAUUUAUCUGGUCAGAUAAAGCAUUUCUUAUACAAGUAAAGACGUUUUGGGAAGAGACUGCUCUAGGUGAGCCUACACAAUCGGCAAGAUUCAGUAUAACUGAGCUUUAA